AUGGAGUUCUUCGACAUGAUCUCGCCAACGGCCCUCUCAUUGCCAGGCAACCCACUCCCAAUUUUAGGAAUACUGGCUUCCCUACUAGCUUGGCUUUUUCUCAAGGGCUUCGCGGUGAAAAAUUCCAAGGUCGAUUCACGAAACCACAAAUCAGAGGGAAAUGAACCAUUUGUCACGCCACUUCCUAAUGCAAUUCUUGAUGAUCCAACUGCUACAUCGCCAAAGCUGUAUAGACCAUUCCGCCAUGGUCCAAAUUUUAUCACGAUGGGGAUCCGGAAAUUGGGCUGGGACAACUGGAUCGAAAUGGACUCAUACUUUCUUCGAUAUCACGAUAUGAAGGCAGCGGAACUGAAGGAGGAAUUCCACGAACAUGUCAAAUAUGUCGACAACGAGGCUACACGAGAUGCCUGUUUUGAAUUGAACGAAGAGUUGGUGCGCUAUUUGACGCAUCGCUACCCAAAAGUAUAUCGACUGGAGGGAGGAAAGGUGCACAAUAGCCUGACUAGCGAGAGCUUUGCAUUUCCCGCGGCAACCCCCGAUGAAGCUCUGGCAACCUCAGCUUUGCUCGUCCAAGACGAUCUAGUGAUCAUGGUGAAAAAUGAUGAUGGAGAGUAUCACCUCGACGCAGCUGCGGUUUGCCUUCCCGGGUUCUGGCGUCUAAAAGAAAAGUUUCGCAUGUCGCUUGACACAUUGCACUUCGAGGCUGGUGUCCCUCAUUACGCAGCGAAAUUGCAAAAAGCCAUGAACAAGUUUUUCCAAAAGUUGACUCCAGACAAACCCGUGGAAAGGAAUAAUUUUUUCAUCCAGUUAGACGAUGGAUUGCACUGGUCCCAUCGCAUGGGAGACCAGCAAGGCACUGAAGUUGCUUCAUGGGCUACAGCCAACAGCAGAGGUCUUGCCGUGGACGAGAUCCACUUUCGCAGCGAGCGACAGACAUUACGUCGGCUACCUCGGUCAAACGCGAUUGUGUUUACGAUCCGCACAUAUUUUGAGCCGGUGACUAAAAUCGCCCAGGAGCCGCAUAUCCCCGGCCGUUUAGGGGAGGCAAUUCGAAGCUGGGAUGACACUGUCUCCUUUUAUAAGGGAAAAUCACACUGGGACAAGAUUUUACUGCCGUAUCUCGAUGAACAAGACAAACUGCAGAAGGAACGUGGGGAAAUCCAGAGCGAAGAGGCCAACUUCCCAUAUUAA